CUUUUGGCUGCAAUGAAAAGAUAUGUACAAUACCACCUCGAUGUGCCGCCACGUUACUCUUCUCUAAACUGUCAUUUCCACUUUCAGACCAUAGCGGACAAACCCCGACAUAGUUCAAAUAAGGCAAUUCCCGACGCUUAACCGUAGCUUUCCCCACAACUAUGCAAGCUAUCCGUCUUCCAGCUCUUCGACACUCACUCCGUCCUGCAUUUAAAGUCUCAACUGUGCCAUGGCAACUAUCCUAUCGAUCAUUUUCAUCUUCCACAUCUCGUCUCAGCGAUGAUCCAAGCUCAUCACAAACACCGACUACCAGCACACCUGACUCCAACUCCAGCGAGGCGAAGCAAAAAAAGGCAGAUCGAAAAGGGGAGACUGCGUCUAAAAUAGAGACAGAGGUAGAGGUCACACUUCCGUUGCUGCAACGGCCUUUGGGUGUUAGAGACAGACCAACUACUGAGCCGAGGACAUGGACGGACAAUAUGUUGAAUCAGGAGGUUCGUAUGGAACAGAGACAGAAGCUUGUGAGAGCCGCGACGAAAGGCUACUUCUCUGACUUGAACGCGACGCGAAAGCACGGCGGAAAGACAUGGAUUGCGCCGAGGGUACUUAUUCGUGAAGACAAAGCUCGAUAUUUCCCGGACAUUUCUGGGACGCCAUUAGACUCGAGUGAGAAGGCCCAUACGACCUCACUCUGCGUAGGCAAAGUGUCUGUUAUCUCUAUGCUCUCGUCAAGAAUGUCUGAGAUCCAAACAGCCAUGUAUGGUGAACCAACACAUGCAACAUAUUGCUCAAACCCGCUGUACCAACAUAUCCGAAUCAACCUUCAAGAAAAUCUGCUGAAGUCAUUCCUAGUAUCACUCUUUGCGAGUAACAUUCGGAGGAACAUACCUAAGGAGCAAUGGGGAAAAUACCUCAUUAGUAGUCAGAAUAUGGAGUACGUCCUCGUCGUCUUUUCUGCUACUGUUUUAUUGAUCCUCUCUCUUGUUACCUUCACUGACGAUGAUGCUUUGAUCCAGUUACUUGCGAGACGACCUGGGUAUGACGAACAAGCACAUUGGAUAUGUCUACCUCGUGGAUCAGGCGUGUCGAAUCCGAUGGGCAGCCUGCGCCGACCCGAAACCUGAAGAGAUCGAGGCUCUGAAGGCAUGUACAGGUGUUUUGCUCAAUCGACAGAAGUCAUAGUAGUUCAUAUGCCGGCACACAUACUGGAUAUGCAAGAUAUUUACUAGACAGGUAUACUACGUUAUAUAUCACAUUGCUAAUAAAUGUGUAGAUACAGGGAUGCGCAUAUCCUUUUCAUCGAAUCCCAGCGACCUAUGUCGACAUAUAUAAAUCAGGUAUAACAAAAAUCAAGUGAUACC